AAAUGCGUAUGGCGCACAUGAGCGGCCUAUGUAUAUGGUGAUUUCCAUAUACAUUUAAAAUUGACUCAGUUUCAGGAGAUCAAGGAAACUUUGUCCGCAUUUUAUUAAAGGUCACUUCUAUUCAUAGGUGGCGUCGCGGCUCGGUGAAUCAUGUGGUUAGGUUUGCAGAGCUAUUCAUAGGUGGCGUCGCAGAUCAGUUACUCACAUAGUUAGGUUUUCAAAGGUGUUGUCGUUUCAAACGGUUUAGUGUGAUUAUAAGUUUAAUUAUUUGUAUAAUAAUGGCUGAUUUAAAUAAAGCUGGACCUUCAGGCGUAAAAAGACGUAAGACCGUGAAAGUGAGAAAUGAAAAAAAUCUGAGUGUUGAGGAAUUGAUGCAGUUUUUAUAUAAUUCAGACUCAGAUGAAGAUUAUGAAGACUCUGAUGUAGAUAACUUUGAAAUUGAAAAUGUUUCGGAAGACUCUUCUGGAAGUGAUACUGAGGGUGAUGUACUACAGAACGAGUUAAAUAAUACCGUUGCAGAUAAUCCUGACGUACAGAUUACAGACAAUGAAUGGACCGAAACAACUAGCGGUAUGAAACAAAUUCCAUUUACAAAAAGAAGUGGAUUGUUAGUCGAUAGUCCUGGUGAUAGUGCGUACGAUUGGUUUAGGCUGUUGUUUGACGAUGAACUUUUAAAUAUGAUUGUCUUACAAACUAACAGUUAUGCAGUUGAAGUUCUUUCUACCAGCUAA